ACAGGAGGAGGAAGUGUUUCGGAAGUGGACACGGCAGGCCAGAGAGAGAAGGAGCUGGAGGAAAAGGGCGGAGGAGAGGGAGCUACCGGUGGGGGGGAAAUCGCGAAAAUGACACACCACCGUCACUCCUAGCAGCGGGAUAGCUCGCUACAUGCACCUGAAACACCGCAGGACUUUACGGACGCCUGGGAGCGACUUUGCGUGCGGUGAACUACACAUGACCGUCAGGUGACUGCCUGUUUGCAAGGAUUAAAGGUCCAGGAGGAGGAACGCAGCGAGGCUCCUGUUCUUCAAAGGACUUCAUCUGACGGGGACACGUGGGUGGGCAGGAGACGGGGAGUUGCAGGGGCCAUGCAUCAGGGGUGAGGGGGAAUCGCUGCGGGGGACACACACAGCGUCGAGCGAGGAAGGGGUCGGGGCUGCUCGGUGCGGAGAUGAAGCUCAAACAGCGCAUGGUGGUGCUGUGUGCCGUGCUCCUCCUGCUUGGCCUGGCCAAGAUCUUCCUGCUGGAUGGAGGCGAGGGCUCGGCAGCCAGCCGGAGGGACCUCAGAGCAUUUCGCAAGAUGGAAGCUGGCCUUUCUCUGUCCCGAGGAGCUCGGCUUACCAACACCCUUCAGUCUCCAUGGGAGAUAGCGAGCCAGUGGGUGGGCCCGAGAGAGGUCUACCCCGAGGAGACCCCAGAGCUGGCUGCUGUGCUCACCUCCUUCAGCACUGCCAGGAUAGAACGGGCAGAUGUGGGCUAUAAGGGCACGCAGCUCAAAGCCCUCCUGGUGCUGGACGGGGGGCAGAAAGUUGUCUUCAAACCCAAGAGAUAUAACCGAGACUACGUGGUUGAAGGCGAGCCCUACGCAGGAUACGAUAGACACAACGCUGAGGUGGCUGCUUUUCACCUGGACAGGAUCCUGGGGUUCAGGAGAGCGCCUCUAGCGGUAGGGAGAUAUGUCAACCUGCGGACAGAGAUUAAACCUGUGGCCACAGACCAGCUGCUGAGCACUUUCCUCAUGCAGGGUAAUAAUACAUGCUUCUACGGAAAGUGUUAUUACUGUCGGGAGAGCGAGCCUGCUUGUGCGGAGGGAGAGAUAAUGGAGGGAUCAUUAACCCUUUGGCUGCCAGACGUCUGGCCGUUGCAAAAGCACAGACACCCCUGGGGACGCACAUACAGAGAGGGGAAACUGGCCAGAUGGGAGUAUGAUGAGAGCUACUGCGAAGCGGUGAAGAAAAUGCCUCCAUAUGAUGCCGGUCCGAGGCUGCUUGACGUGAUUGACACAGCCAUAUUCGAUUAUCUCAUUGGGAACGCAGAUCGGCAUCACUACGAGAGUUUUCAGGAUGAUGGCGGCGCCAGCAUGGUCAUCCUGCUCGACAACGCAAAGAGCUUUGGGAACGCAGCUCUGGACGAGCGAAGUAUCCUCGCACCACUCUAUCAGUGCUGCAUGGUUCGCGUGUCCACGUGGAACAGGUUAAACCUGCUGAGAAGCGGAGCCCUGAGUUCAGCUAUGCGGCAGGCGUUGGCAUUCGACCCCAUCCACCCCGUUCUAGCUGAGCCCCAUCUCGCAGCCCUGGACAGGCGUCUGUCUGGAGUCAUAGCAACUGUCAAGCAGUGUAUGGAGGCACAGGGCCCUGACAACACUCUAAUAGAGGACCGAAUGAACCUCCCACAUCCCUAGAAAACAAGGGACAGGAGAAAAAUUAGGAUAAGGAACAGCCUUAACUUCCUGAGCCUGGAGAAGAGUGAGUAAAAAGGAAUCGACAGGGUGGAACAAUAACUGUGAAUUUCUUCACCCUUUGUCAUUUCCUUGUUUGUCACUCUAAUAAGACUGGAGUGGUUCUCUAAAACUGGAUUAAAAAUGGCGUCACCUUCAACUAUAUAAACACUCUCUCAGGACUGUUGUACACUAUAGGACAGUAUCUGCUGUAAGAACCCAUCCAUCUACUACUACUGGUUAUAAAGACACUCCUGCCUUGUGCCAAAUUCUCCAACCCAGUCCAGCACUUAGGAGUUGACUAAGGAGGAAGGCUGGAGCUCGGGGAGAUGUAGACACUCAAAGGAGCAGGAAGGGAAGGUACAAAUGAGCCAAAAACGUCUUGAUGCAAGAUGCCGUGUUUCAGGCUGUCUGGAGCUUACAGUCCAAGAAACUGAAAUACAGAUUCUUGUUGAAUUAACAGGACAUUAAUUCCAUUUUAAAAAUGAAAAUGCUCUUUUUUUCCCCCUUGAACUGAGACUGGAAGGAAAAGACAAUGAGCUCAGCCCUGACGAUCUUUGUGUACAUAUUUAACUAAGUAGUGACAUAGAACUAUGAGAAGAGGGACUGUAAAUGUGUGGAUUAUAAUAUUAAAUAAGCCUAAGGGUGCUUGUGUGGGUGUGUGUGUAUGGAAGAGUGCCAUAUUGUGCCGCAAAUAAGGAAGCUACUGACAUGAAAGACUUGAAGUGAGGGGACACAGAGAUCAGAUGUGUGGGUUUAUCUUCAGCAUUAAACUAUGAUCUGUUUAAAUGUG